UAAUUUAAAAGCAGACGAUGGAAUUAAAAACAUGUUCCGAAAAAUAAUGUAAAGAACACUCUUAUCAACGUAAUUAUAGGUUAACUGCGUUCGAUAGUCAAAUUUUCAGUGCUUUAUCACACUGAAUAUUAAUCAAUUUCAAUCGAUUUUGUACAGAACAUAAUACUUUUUUUAAUUUUAAAGAAGUACAUUCAGCUUGUUUAUUUCUACUAAGUUGUUGCGUGACAACUAUACUAAUAAAAUAUUUAUAACAAUCAUAAAAUGAGCAUCGUGAUUGGUUUACAUAUAUUUUCUUUCCUUGCGACUUUAAAUACUUUGACUGCUCAAACUCUUGUUUCACCAAUUAUUAUUUUUCCAUGUGAUUAUGAACAAUAUAACCCCGUUUGUGGUUCUGAUGAUAUAACCUAUAUGAAUGAUUGCAUCCUGCAAUACACUAGUAAUGUAUAUCAAAAUUUGAAAAUAAUCAAAUCCCAUGAUGGAGAAUGUUCUAGUUGUAUCUGUCAACCAGUAAAUCUACCAGUGUGUACACUAGAAGGUCUCACCUAUGCAAAUGAAUGUGAAUUAGGUUGCGAUAAUAUCAAACGUAUUCAAGACAAUAAACCAAUCCUAUACCUCGCAUAUAGAUCUUCUUGCUUAGGUUCAUCUGCUGGUUGUACUGAUAUAGCAGCUCCAGUUUGCGGUUCAGAUGAUGUUCUAUACAGAAACAAAUGUGUCCUCGAUACCGCCAGCGCUUAUUAUAGAAAGAAAGGCCUACCAGAGAUCAAAUUAAAAAAUAAUGGUGCCUGUUUAGAUGGCUGUCUAUGUCCAACUGAUAAACAACCAACUUGUGGAAGCGAUGGAUACUUGUAUGAUAAUCCAUGCUUUUUAGCUUGUAAAAAUAAAAAGUACAGUUAUUCAGCAAAUUCAAUCAUAAAAAUCGUUGAUUCAAGUGUCUGCGAAAGUUGUAUUUGUAACACCAUCCAUAGCCCAGUGUGUGGUAGCGAUGGAAAAAUAUAUGACAACCCAUGUAAACUAAAUUGUGAAGCAAAUCGAAGGGGAGAUACUACUUUAGUAGUUGUAAGUUUUAAUAAAUGUUCAGAAUGUUAUUGUACAGACGAAGAAAGUCCAGUUUGCGGUACGGAUCUGAAAACAUAUCAGAAUGACUGUUUAUUGAGAUGUGAGAGCGAGGCAAAUGGAGGAAAAGUUAGCGUUUAUUAAGGGUGAGUGUCAACCUCCUAGUUGUAUAUGUGCCUGUUCGUCUGAGUAUCAACCAAUGUGCGGCUCGGACGGUGGAACCUACGGAAACCUCUGCUUGCUUAACUGUCGCUCUCAAUGUAACAAAAAUUCAGGGUUAGCUGCAAUCUUUCUGCGUAAGAGAGGCACAUGCGAUUUAUAAUCCAUCAAACCCGUUGUUUAACUUUUAUUCUAUAUUAUAGUAAUUAAUCCUGAA